AUGAACACUGACUCCGAGUUUUCAUAUAUCCUGUCGGUCGUCCUGGCGCUGUCAAACAACCUCGGCUCCAACACGGGUGAAGUACUCCGUGCUGCCUCUCAGAUCACACCCGGGGAUUUCGAGAGCUGGUACUCCCAGUUCAACUACCUCGCAGGGCAGAUCGAGGCCCAAGGCGACAGCACCACCUCUCCGAUCGGCCAGCUAGAGUCGUAUUUUCACGCAUCGUCAUAUUAUCGGACGUCACCAUUCUUCCUCAUUGGUAACACUACCGAUCCACGGCUCCUCAGCGCAUGGGACAGCCAGUUGAGCAACUUCGCCAAGGCCAUCGAGCUGCUCCCGUUCCCCGGCGAGAAGCUCACCAUCCAAGGCCCGGGCUUCACCAUCCCGGCCUACUUCUACCCGGCCGACACGUAUUGCUCCCCGUCAAAGAAAGCCAAGCGCGCCUGUGUUGACUCGGCCAAACGCCCAACCAUCGUCGCCGUAAGCGGUUACGACGGCAGCCAGGAGGACCUAUACCACGGAAUCGGCCGCCAGGCCACCUCCCGGGGUUACAACUUCAUCUCCUAUGAGGGCCCAGGCCAGCCCACCGUGCGCCGCGAGCAAGGCCUCGGGUUCAUCCCGAACUGGGACGCAGUGGUGUCGCCUGUGGUCGACUACCUGCACACGCGCGACGACGUCGACACGGACAAGCUGAUCCUCCACGGCCACUCCUUCGGCGCCAUCCUCGCGGUGCGCGCCGCCGCGGUCCUGCAGGGGCGCUUCGCGGGAGUCACCCUGGUUGACGGGCUGUACAACCUGCAGCAGGUCCUUCGGGAGCUGUUCCCCGCGCAGCUGAUCCAGCUUUACGACGCGCGCAACGAGAGUGCCUUCAACGCUUACACGCAGGCUAUCUAUGACAGCGGGCUGGCGCCCACGAGCUUCAAGUGGGUUGUGAACCAGGGCCGCUGGGCUUUCAACACCAAGUCUUACUUCAACUGGUUUGAUCAGCUGGGCAACUACACCAUCGGCGGGUUCGCGCAGAACCUGACGGUCCCUGUAUUCGUGGCUGGUGCCGACCAUGAUACUGCCGGUCUAGAACAGGCGCCCGCCGCGGCGGAGAUGAUUGGGGUCGAGGCGACGUUCCAUCUGUUCCAGUCCAACACUGGUGCUGGAGAGCAUUGCCAGAUAGGUGCAGAGAGCCAGCUUGGGCUGACUCUGUAUGACUGGGUUGCUAAGGUGGUGGGCUAG